CGGCGGUUUCUUCUAUCUUCUCUCGCGCGAGAGAGAAAGAGGCUUUAGAUUUCUCAGCGAAGAUGACAGUAGAGACGGUGAAUGGGGGUGUAAGCGAAACCCUCCAAUUUCAAAAUGGCAAAAAAUCCUCUCGGGAGAGCGAGCGUCGUCGCAGGCGGAGGAAGCAGAAGAAGAACAAGAACCCCUCUGCUGCUACAGAAGCCAACGGAGGAGGCGCUGCCGAAGAUAGUGAUGGAGGCGAUGCCACCGACGAUGCCAAGGAGAACACCGAUCCCCUUCAGGUUGCAGAGAAAGUAGAAAUCGAGUACAUUCCGGAGAAGGCAGAAUUUGAGGACGAUCUUCUUGAAGAUUUCAAGAAGGUCUUUGAGAAGUUCAGCUUUGCUGAUUCUACUUCUGGCGCUGAGGGUAAUGAUAAGCAGGAUGAAACGGCUCAAAACGCAGCGUCCAGCAAGAAAGCUGACUCGGACUCAGAUGAGGAAGAGCAAGAUGCGCAGCAGAAAGAGAAGGGAGGGCUCUCUAAUAAGAAGAAAAAGCUCCAACGGAGAAUGAAGAUUGCCGAACUGAAACAAAUAUGCUCGAGGCCUGAUGUGGUCGAGGUUUGGGAUGCAACAGCAGCAGAUCCAAAGUUGCUUGUGUUUCUGAAAUCAUACAGAAAUACUGUUCCUGUACCCAGGCAUUGGUGUCAGAAGCGGAAGUUUUUACAAGGAAAGCGAGGUAUUGAGAAACAGCCUUUCCAACUUCCUGAUUUCAUUGCUGCAACUGGAAUUGAGAAGAUAAGGCAGGCAUACAUUGAAAAAGAGGAUAGCAAAAAGUUGAAACAGAAGCAACGUGAGCGUAUGCAGCCAAAGAUGGGAAAGAUGGAUAUUGAUUAUCAGGUUCUCCACGAUGCGUUCUUUAAAUAUCAAACCAAGCCAAAACUGACCAGCCAUGGUGACCUUUAUCAUGAAGGGAAAGAAUUCGAGGUGAAGCUUAGGGAGAUGAAGCCAGGUGUCUUGUCACAGGAACUAAAAGAAGCUCUUGGUAUGCCAGAUGGUGCCCCUCCUCCCUGGCUUAUCAACAUGCAGAGAUAUGGUCCUCCCCCUUCUUAUCCGCAUCUCAAAAUUGCUGGCUUGAAUGCUCCGAUCCCUCCUGGAGCUAGCUUUGGUUAUCAUCCUGGAGGCUGGGGUAAACCUCCCGUUGAUGAAUAUGGGCGUCCUUUAUACGGAGAUGUUUUUGGUGUCCAACAACACGAACAACUCAACUAUGAGGAAGAGCCAGUUGAUAGGAGCAAGCAUUGGGGUGAUUUGGAGGAAGAAGAGGAGGAAGAAGAGGAAGAGGAAGAACAGAUGGAGGAAGAGGAAUUGGAGGCAGGCAUUCAAUCUGUGGACAGUCUUUCGAGCACUCCCACUGGUGUGGAGACCCCUGAUGUCAUCGACCUCCGGAAGCAACAGAGGAAGGAGCCUGAGAAACCUCUGUAUCAAGUUCUUGAAGAGAAAGAAGAAAAGAUUGCUCCAGGAACUUUGCUCGGAACAACGCAUACGUAUGUGGUUGGCAGUGGCGCACAGGACAAGGCAGCUGCCAAAAGGGUUGAUCUGCUUCGGGGACAGAAGGCAGACAAAGUGGAUGUCACGCUACAGCCUGAAGAGUUGGAAGUUUUGGACAAUGUUUUGGCAGCCAAGUAUGAGGAAGCAAGGGAGGAGGAAAAACAGCGAAACCAACGGGAAGAUUUCAGCGACAUGGUCGCAGAGGUUGAGAAGAAGAGGAAGCGCAAGAUGCAGGAGAAGGAAGGGAAAUCUAAGAAGAGAGAUUUCAAGUUUUAGGAGGUUGAUUUUCAUGUCCCUAAUUUUUGUGUGGGAGGCCUAAUUGUGUUGGUUUAACUUACGUUGGAGGCAAAUCUUCCCGCCUUGUUGGGUUGAGGCUGUUAGUGCAUCAGAUCAGUUGUAAUAGAGGUGUAAUGGGUUGUAUAUAGAUGGAUCAGAUUGGACCUGAAGCCGACCAGUUUAGCAAUAAGAUCUAGAUGUGGGUCCAGACCCUGAUCCACUGUGUCAUCAGGAGCGGCCCAUUCACAACCCGUAUUAUGUUUUGUUUCUUAAAUUGUGAUAGAGAUAAUCCUAUUCUACCAUCUUCUUAAGAAUUGAAGAUUGAAGAAUCCACUUCUGCUUUA